UAGACAACUUUAUUCCGAAACGUUUCGCCUACACAUGUCGGUUCUCUGAACCAUUCAUCUACAAUGUUGUUUUCUGUAUCAUGAUGGCUCAUGAUUGGUCACAUUGUCAGAAAUUAUAAUUUGCCCUUAGAGAAUGAGCACGAGUUUUAGUGACUGAAGAAGUGAGAGUCAACUUGCAGACUUCAUUCAUGAGGAAGACAGGCUACGAGAGCAGCGGUUCUGUCACCUUAUUAGCGGAUACACAGGGCUGGGUUUGAUUAAGCAUUGAUGCUAAUUCUUGAGUUUCUUUGCGAAAAGGUUUGAGAAGCGAGUAAAGGUUGUUUUUGAGGACCUGCCUAGUAUGGACCAAUAGGUCGUCUGCAGUGUUCCUACAUUCUUAUGUUUCCUUAUUCUUUGUGCUGAAUAAUAACAAACACACCACAUAUGGCAACACCAUUCCUGGAAUGCGAUAACCUAAGCCCAUGAUUGGUUAGCCGUGACCUGACGUGAACUCUGGCAAUGUUGCCUGACCCUUUAUAUAUGGGAUGCUGGGGGAGAGAGGUCAGUCGUGUAAGGGUGAGCGUUGACCUCGGACGCGUCAGUGUUGACCUUAGAAACGUUCUUGUCUUGAGAGAUGCAAGUCAAGACGAGAGUGGCUAUUUUAUGACAAAUUUAUUAAGUACUGAUUGAAACGUGAGGGAAGUUGUUGCUUUAGUGUGAUGAGACUUGGAAACUCUUAUUCUCCCCUCACUUGGCUCCCGUACCUGAACUGACUUAUUCUUCAUGGACAACUGUUUAGUUACAAGACCGCUUUCAUGUGCGCGUACAUAGUGUGCUGAAGUCAGUGGUGUGUAACAUUGCUCUAUGACUGUGUGACGCCGCCCACCGCCGCCCCUCGUCACACUGCAGAACAUCACUGCCACACAGGACCUCUCAUUCGCCAGGAGCACUCGGAGGCACAUACGCGGGGAGCCACUGCAACGAGUCACUCCCACUCACGCUUCACCAUCAACACUGGUAGUGACUGCGAAUCAUCAUGUUGGUGGAAUGUGACGUGGGCAUGAUGGUGUCUCCCAGCGGCAGCGUGUCAUCUAGUGCCAGCGAGGAAGAUAACAAGGAAGGUCUCUUACCCAGCGAGGGAGAGGACAAGAACAACCUAUAUGCCUGCAACAUGUGCACUUACCGCACCGACCGCAAGAACAACCUGAAGCGCCACAUCCUUACUAUGCACGAGAUCACGUCUGCUCUACUAGAGUGUUGCUCCCACCGCUUCCUCAACAAGGCCGAGCUAAGGAUGCACACACAGAAGUGUCACCGCGAUGGCUACCACUGCAGCAUGUGUACCCGUGUGUUCUGCCGCAAGGCUCUCCUCAAGCGCCAUUACUCCGUGCAUUCUGGAUACAAAGAGUUUUCCUGUAGUCAGUGUUCCUAUGAAACUAGUCACAAGAGUAAUCUAGAGCGUCAUAUGCGAGUCCAUCAGAAGAAUGGGGGACAGCUAGCACGUCAUUUACUAGAAGGCUUCUUGCCCAAACUGCCUCAACCAAACCCACACUUUCCGUUCACGGUGCCUGUACAUAACGUGUUGCCUACUCAACAACACAACACGUUACCUGCUCAAAACAUGCUGCCUGCUCAACACAUGUUACCUGCUCAACACUUUCAGUUCGCAGAUCAUCGCUAUAACGCCCCCUGGUUCCAACCUCCAAGGGGCACUACACCAUGGCCAGUCUUGCCCUCUAUGCCCAACUUACCUGCCCCUGUCUUCCACCACCCGCUACCCCACCGCCCUCGCCCUCGCCUACUUACUCAAAAUAGUGACAUGGUGGACGUGAUGCCCAUGGUGGAUGUAAUGCCCAACAUUUCGGCCACAAAAAAGACGGGGCCUUACAAGAAUUUCAGUGUCUCUGCCUUGCUCGCAGACGACCGCCCCCGCCAGGAUGAUGUCCCGCCUCAGUCACCCCAAAACACGACUUACACUCAUCAUCACGAUCCGUCGUCAGGAGGUUCGUGGCCAGAGGAGGUUGUCAGUGGUGAGGCCGCCCACACCCACAACACCACACUUACGCCUAGUCAUGCCCAGUCUUCCCCACACCCACUGAACUUGAGCUCCAGGUCUACCGAAACACACUCACCAAGACACAUCCAGGCGCCUAUUGAAAAUUUUGUUCACCCUGAGUGGGGCGCCCCUCCAGUGAGCCUGGCUCCGCUUAAUCGUCCUGAGCCUCACGUCUCUGUGAUGACCACUGUAUCUGCUACCUCCGCCAUCCCGAUGGCCGUCGGCUGCUGUCCUGCGGAGAACAAGAUCAGCGGUGCCCCGACUGAGUCUCUCUCAGCGCAGUCCCCUCGCAGGGAGGCCCCUGACUCCUGUGCCUCCUCUGGGUAUGGCUCUCAGGAGGAGUCACAGAGGGUUGAGCCUCAUGACCACAAACCUCACCCAGCUCACCAACCUCCUCAUAACACAGAUGACCAUCAAGAUUAUAUACCUAAGAAAUUACGGGCAUCCAAGAAAUUUAUAUUGAAAAAAGAACUAGAGUAGAUUUGCUAAAAAAAAAAAAAAGUUAUUGUAAGAUUUGACUUCCUAUACAAG